AUGUCAAGUGAGCCAGGGAAAAAGAAUGCAAGGAGCAAAGCAAAAAGGACAGAAAAUAAAGAAAAAAAAGAAAGUUCCAUACAAGAAAAUAUUCAUUGAUCACUAGGAUUUCCAAACGCUAAAGAUGCGCAGGAAAUUAUGCAAGAAAAAGCAAAGCAUCAGGCUAAGCUUUUAGAAUUACAUGAAGAGGUAAGGAAUAGUUUUUUUAAUGACGGAGUAUCGCAUCAGAGCCAAGUGAUAUUAAGAAGGAUCGUCCAAAAUCCUGCUGUUCCACAGAAAUAUGAGUUUUUCAAUCUGCUUGAUGCUUUAAAUACAGCCCAUCAAGAAAUGCUUAUGAAUGAGCUAGAACUUGCUGUAUGAGAAAUUUAUCUUGAAAAAUUUGUAUGAAAAGACAAAGAAACUCCUUUGCUCCUACUAUUAAUGCUCUCUGCAUUUGCGGUAAAAAGCUAUUUUAAUGAAGAUGUCAGCACUUAUCAGGCCUAUUUAUCCGUAAAGUAUCCUGGAUUUUUGGAGGCUUAUGAAAAGUGGUAUAAUGUAUAUAAAAAUGAUAUGAAUAUUAGCCCGAUCGAAUUGAAUGAUAAAUUUAGAGAUUUAAAUAAAUUUGUAACUACUCCAGGAGAUACAAAAGUUGUAGACUAUAAUUACUACGUUGAUGAAAUUUUGCAGAAUUCGGCGAGCUAUACGGUGAAAAGUAAAGAUUCCUUGCAGAGACUAACUAAUGAUCAGGAAAUCAUGGAUAUAUAUUCAGCUUAUAUAAAAAGAGAACCAAUUAUCAUUAAUAAUCAGCAGAUUUUGGACACUGAAAUGCUUGCACCAACUUUGUCUAAACUGGAUUCAGUGCUAAGCGGAAUUGAAACAGAAGGGCUGAAUAAUUUCGAAAGUAAUAAAGCUUCAGGAGUUCCGAUCAUAGCAAGCAAUAUGGUGCUUGAAAGAAUAGAUUCAAUUUGUACUGAAAUUUUACUAUCGCAAGAAAAUAGCCAUAACAAAUCAUAA